GCCGAGGGAGCGGGGCGGAGGCCGCGGCAGCGCCAGGUGUCAUGGCCGCCUCGGCCCAGCACCCUGCCGCGGCCUCCCUCACGGGCUCCAGUACCGUGUCUGAGUGGCGAACUGUGUCUUAUUUGCCUUCCAGCACCACCCAGUCGGCCAUUUCCACGGCUGAAGCUGACGACUCUUUGACCUCUAGUAUGUUUUCCCAGGUCACUCCCUGUUCAGGCCAGGGACCCGCCACCGCGUCUAACACCGGCCUCCCGGGCUCGCUCGCUUUGGACCAGACCAGCGGGGUCUCCAGUUCAGACAGUGGCUCCAGCAGCCCGGAGCGGGAUGACCCCGACAACCUCGGCGUAACAGCCACUGAGAUUGAGCCUCCUCCAUGCAGUAGCACCCUCAAAAGAGUAUCACUAUCGGUGGAAGAAGCCAUCCGGUCCCCUUCGCCCAGCGUCGGAGAAUCAGAAUCAGAUUCAGAAGGGGCGACAUCUCCUGAGCCCAGUAGCACUUCUGAAGUAUCUAUACGCGGGGGCGCCCUGCGCGCAUCGCUCGGCUUCAUCGAGGACUCAGGGUCAAUGCCUACGGUACCGCAUAACAGCCCCCAGGGGUCGUCAGAAGAAUCCCUGUCAUCCGUAGUGAUCCACACCCCAAAAGUAACUGCACCAAGACCUAUCCCGUACCAGGGCCCUUUCCUAGAGUCGAUUCAGGGGUCCCCCUCGCAAACAACAAUCGGCAGUGAAGGGAGUUCGGUGCAAGAGGACACCAACUCCUCCAACUUCUCGCUAGAGGCCGAGCAGGGGUCGCCCCCGUCCUCGCUCAGCUCGGCCAGGAGCUCAACACAAGAACGGCUCAUGUCCAUUACCUCCUCGCAAGCGGCCAAUCAGGGGUCCCACCCGUCCUCAGUGCUCAGCACCCCACGUAGUUGGUCACAAGAAAAUGUCACGAUGCAUGGCUCUUCCAGAGGGUUGGCCUCGGAGUCCCGCCCCCUUCGGCAUUCUGGACCGCAGUCUUUUCCUGUGGACUCCUCCCAACUGUUGGCAAGAAUGUCCGCCCAGCGCGUGCUGCCCAGUGUCAGUCGAAUGCCAAUGGAAGCAUCAGACCCGCCCCGGGACUCCCGCGGGGUGUCAGUACAAGUAUCCGCUCCGCCCUCAGGGCGGGACGCUGCUUGGCAAUCCCUGGAUGAACUGGCUCCACCCCCGGGCUCCGAGGAAGAGUGGGUAGAAGAGAGCUCCGCACCCUGGGCCACCCUCAGCCUCUCUCCCUGGGAGACUGUCACCCAGAGCAUGGCGAGUCGGGAGAGGGCGAGUGUCUCCGGCCACCUGUUCGACGUAGUCGUGAUUGGAGGUGGCAUCUCAGGAUUGUCUGCUGCUAAACUGUUAGCUGAACAUGAAGUUGAUGUUUUGGUUUUAGAAGCCCGGGACAGAGUUGGAGGUAGAACCUACACUAUAAGAAAUAAACAUGUUGAUUACGUAGAUGUUGGCGGGGCUUAUGUGGGACCCACCCAGAACAGGAUCCUGAGGUUGUCUAAGGAGCUGGGCUUAAAAACUUACAAAGUGAACGUGAACGAAUGUGUUGUACAAUAUGUCAAGGGGAAAACUUACCCAUUCCGCGGUGCCUUCCCUCCAGUCUGGAACCCCAUUGCAUAUCUGGAUUACAACAAUCUGUGGCGGACAAUGGAUAACAUGGGAAAGGAGAUUCCAGCGGAUGCACCAUGGGAUGCCCCACAUGCCGAAGAAUGGGACAGAAUUACGAUGAAAGAACUCAUUGAUAAAAUCUGCUGGACACAGACAGCUAGGCGGUUUGCAUCUCUCUUUGUGAACAUCAAUGUGACCUCUGAGCCUCACGAGGUGUCUGCCCUGUGGUUCUUGUGGUAUGUGAAGCAGUGUGGUGGCACUACUCGGAUAUUCUCGGUUACCAAUGGGGGCCAGGAACGGAAGUUUGUAGGUGGCUCUGGUCAAGUAAGCGAACGCAUAAUGGAGCGCCUCGGGGGCAGAGUGAAGUUAAAUCAUCCUGUCACCUUUGUUGACCAGUCAGGUGACAACAUCAUCGUACAGACGUUGAAUAAUGAAAUUUAUCAGUGCAAAUAUGUUAUUAGUGCCAUCCCUCCGACUCUGACGAGCAAGAUUCACUUUAUUCCAGAGCUGCCAUGUGAGAGAAACCAGUUAGUGCAGCGUCUUCCAAUGGGAGCUAUUAUUAAGUGUAUGAUGUAUUACAAGGAAGCCUUUUGGAAGAAGAAGGACUACUGUGGUUGUAUGAUCAUCGAAGAUGAGGAGGCUCCAAUUUCAAUAACCCUGGAUGACACCAAGCCAGAUGGAUCACUGCCUUCUAUCAUGGGCUUCAUUCUUGCUCGAAAAGCUAUCCACCUCGCUAAACUCCAAAAAGACCAAAGAAAGAAAAUAAUCUGUGAGUUGUACUCCAAAGUGCUGGGAAGUGAGGAAGCUUUACACCCGGUCCAUUAUGAGGAAAAGAAUUGGUGCGAAGAACAAUACUCUGGAGGCUGCUACACCGCCUACUUUCCUCCUGGCAUUAUGACUCGAUAUGGAAGGAUAAUUCGAGAACCAGUAGACAGAAUUCAUUUUGCUGGAACGGAGACAGCCACACAUUGGAGCGGGUACAUGGAAGGAGCUGUUGAAGCUGGAGAGCGAGCAGCUAGAUCGAUCUUGAAUGCUCUGGGAAAAGAGACAAAUCAAGACAUCGAAGAGCCUGAGUCAGAGGAUGUCCCAGCUAUUGAAAUCACACACACCUUCUGGGAAAGAAACCUCCCCUCUGUGCCAGGCCUGCUCAAGCUCAUUGGGUUUUCCACAUCAGUGUCUGCCCUGUGUUUUGUGGUGUACAAGUGCAGGCUGCUACAACGGUCCUGAAGCACACUCUCUGCUUAUGCUUUUCCAGUACCAUCAGAAGGGAAAUGUUGACAGAUUAAUGGUUGUGUCUCAUUAGACUAUUGUUAAGUGCACUGGUUGUAACACCUUAGUUUAGUCUGUGUUAAAGUAAAAACAACUUAUAGAAUCCCACCUAAUAGCCAGUGGAGAGCAUGCUCCAUCUUAUUUGUGUAGAUUAAUUCAUGUUGAUUGGUGUAUUAGAUCUUGUAUCAGUUUCUUAGUUUCAAGUUAAAGUGCUCAUCAGAAACAACUUCUAUGACCUGUUUUUCUCCCCUUUAACAUAAAAUGCCUGGUAAUUGCAGAAAUGAAACAUUUCACUUUCCUGGGGUGAGCAGCUCCCACUUAGUAUGAAGGAAUAGGACAUGAACGCAGUGGAGGUAGACCAGUGGUUGCGGGGAUACAUUUUGUGGGUUGUUGCCUCAGGAAUCUUCUCACCACUUCUAUUUCCUGCAGAGUUUCUAGACAUCUAGCCUCAGUCUUAGCUUGCCUGUAUAUUUUCCCACUUUUCUUCUUAAAGAGGAGAGUGUUUACCAAGGCAUAAUGAUUAAAUUGACUUUCUGUGACUUUUGUGCAGCUCUCCAGGUGAGCAGAGCGAACUAGUGACAGGGUUGUCCCCUUGAGGCCUCCCUGAAUAGCUCUGCAUGAAGCAUCUUUUCUUCCUGGAAGAUGGCUAGACAUCACUUUACUCAUCCUUGAUGAUAACAUUCUCUACCAAUUUCAAGAAAGCAGUAUUUUUCUUUUUCUUUUUUUUUCUUUCAGGUAGACCCUGGCCCGUAGUGGCAUAUUUUUUUUCUUUUUUCCUAUGACCAUAAUAGAAUUAUAGAUCUGUUAAAUAUCUCUUUAACAUAGUUAGCUUAGAGUAAAUGUUAGCAUGAUAAUUUCUCUCAAAUAACUGAAAUAGACAUUAGAAUUUUUGUUGUUAUUAUUUGUUAGACUAUAAGAUACAGAAAGGAAAUCAGGGCUCUAUUAUAAAUUCACUUGCCUUAGGUAUUAAAUUUUAUAAAAGGCGUGAAAUGGAGUGAUUUCACAUAGGAAGACUUAGUUCUCUAAGGAGUAGUGUGGGCCCAGACUAGUGCCUACCUCUUGUCUUUCCCAUUUAAAAUCUGUCAGAAAUGUAAAGCUUCUUCCAAAGGUUUCAGCCACAAGACACUUCUUUUCUUAGUAUAAACAUCUGGGGAAAAUAUCAACACACAUGUGAUCAAAUAAAGCAGUUGAGAAGAUUCAGUGAACUCAGGUAUGCAAGUGAUGGAUAUACAGUAACACCCCAUCCUGCACAUCAGUGAAUGAUAGCUGACACGCUUUUAUGUGCCAAAAAUUUUAAAUAAAAAUAUUGAAGAACAUACUUCCACACAUUAAACAAGUUAGAUUCAAGAUAUUUUUUAUCAGGUCAGUUAUAUGCCUCAGUUAUUUUAUGCUUUUAUUAUAGUGUGAUACCAUUGUGUUUGCCCCUCCACAAAGUAUCACAUUUGUUUUAUAGCUGUUGAGUCGACUGUUUCUUCUCCCAUAUUCAGCAUUUUAUUCUAUAUUCUUGUUAUCUCCUAACACUCCUUAACCUAAUCUAGUUUUUAUUAAAUGGGAAUUAAAGACUGCCAAAGGAAACCAACCCAAAUUUAUUACAUAAUUAACCUUAUCAUAAAUCCAAAAUUAAGUAAUGGCCCUGGUGUGAGGACUUAAGGUAUUUGUUUUGCCUAUCCUAAGGGCAAAGAGCAGGGUUUUUAUGCUGCUCUUUGCCUUUCAUUUGAAAAGUGUUUUAGCUAAUUUAGGAGACUAGAGAAACUAGCCAGUUCAGGCAGCUGAUAGUGGUUGCCUGUUAAGGCGUCUGUUUCACAGUUCUGAAGACUUGAGUUGGCCUUUCUCCAUUGUAAGAUCAAUAAUUAGAUUUUAAAUGUUAUCCUUUUUGUCAUAACCAUUAAAUAAGUAUUUAUACUACACUGAAGAAAAGUAUUGCAAGAUCAUAAACUACAUUUUGUUUGGUUGUGAACUUGAUGUCUAAUGUUCUGUCUGAAAUGUGCCCCAUUGCUACCUGUGGGGCUAUGCAUAUGUGUGUGUGGGUUGUUGUUUUUUGCAAUUGAAAUAUGCUUUUUCCUGUAUGGUACUGUUUCAUUUCUUAAUAAAGUGCACUACCACCCUGA